AUGGGGAACCGCAGCUACGCGGACGCGGCCGGGCUGCUCGCGGGGCGCGGGCCGGGCACGGGCGGCGGCGUGGAGAACCCGGGGGCCGCGGCAGCGCUGGCGGGGGGCGUGCUGCUCAUCGGCGCGGUGCUGGCGGGGAACACGCUCGUGUGCGUGAGCGUGGCGGCCGAGCGCGCCCUGCAGACGCCCACCAACUACUUCAUCGUGAGCCUGGCGGCCGCCGACCUCCUACUCGCCCUGCUCGUGCUGCCUCUCUUCGUCUACUCCGAGGUCCAGGGUGGCGUGUGGUUGCUGAGUCCCGGCCUCUGCGACGCGCUCAUGGCCAUGGACGUCAUGCUGUGCACUGCCUCCAUCUUCAACCUGUGCGCCAUCAGCGUGGACAGGUUCGUGGCCGUGGCGGUGCCCCUGCACUACAACCGCCAGAGCCACGGGGGCCGCCAGCUGCUGCUCAUCGGUGCCACGUGGGUGCUGUCGGCGGCUGUGGCGGCGCCCGUGCUGUGCGGCCUCAACGACGCGCAGGGCCGCGAUCCCGCCGUGUGCCGCCUGGAGAACCGCGACUACGUGGUCUACUCAUCCGUGUGCUCCUUCUUCCUGCCCUGCCCGCUCAUGCUGCUGCUCUACUGGGCCACGUUCCGCGGCCUCCGGCGCUGGGAGGUGGCCCGCCGCGCCAAGCUGCACGACCGUGCUCCCCGCCGGCCCAGCGGCCCCGGCCCGCCGACCCAGGAUGCCCCUGCACCCUCUGACGCCGUCCCACCCCCGGACGCCAUUCCAGUCCCCGACACCAUCCCCCCUCCCGAUGCCAUCCCACCCACCGACUCCAUCCCACCCCCGGAGUCCAUCCAGCCCCCCGACAGUGUCCCGGCCCCCGAUUCUGAUUCCAUCCGGGUCCCCAAUGACGCCAACCAGGUCCCUGGCGUUACCACACCCCCUGGCACCAUCCUGCCCCCUGUCUCCAUCCCCACCCCUGGCUCCACCCCGGCCGAGCCCCAGCCGCAGGCCUACAGGAGACGAGCCAAGAUCACGGGCCGGGAGCGCAAGGCUAUGAGAGUCCUGCCCGUGGUGGUCGGGGCCUUCCUGGUGUGUUGGACGCCCUUCUUUGUCGUGCACAUCACGCGGGCGCUAUGUCCUACGUGCGCCGUGUCCCCGCGGCUGGUCAGCGCGGUCACCUGGCUGGGCUACGUCAACAGCGCCCUCAAUCCCGUCAUCUACACCAUCUUCAACGCCGAGUUCCGCAACGUCUUUCGCAAGACUCUGCGCCUCUGCUGCUGAGCAGACGCCCACCCGCCACAGUUCCCCUGCCAGGACCCAGCCUUGCCUGGGGCUUUAUAGGCGGAGUUAAACAGAUCCCAAACACCAGCCGGGAUGGCUUCUGGCAGCAGGGCGGGGCAGUGAGGCAGGGAGGAGGAGCCUUUACCCCUGGUGGAGCCCAAGCCUGCACUGACCACCCCCCAUGGCCAGUUAACCCUCCCUCUCUCCCUUCCUCCCUCCCUCUCUCCUUCCUUCCUUCCUUCCUUCCCAGAAAGCCCAGAAAACAGACCCCACA